GGAUUUCUGCCCUUCCUUGCCCAUUUCCCCCUCACUCUCUCCCUUCUCUUUUUCUCCGUCUAGUGGAAGUCACUGCUCACCGACGACCCGUCCCUUCGCUUCUUGGCGAGGGGGUUUCCAGCGAUCGAUCACUCUUUCUCAACGAGACUCGUCGGCGAUUUUGUUUUUUCUGGCCGGCAUUCCGGUGCUUUUUGCCGGAGCGUGGGUUUCCGGUGGGCCGUGCUUCGUUUUUUUCUGGCGGAUAGUUCGUGUUUUCUAGGUUUUGCCGGCUUUCGUCGAAGCGGAGCUUGUGACGCUAAUCUGGACUCCGCUCCGAGUUGCCCCUUUCUGUUUAUCGAGUUUUGUUUGCUUCCACUAGUGGCUUCGUCUGCCUUCGUGAUCAGGCCUGUGACUGUGCCUGUGUUUUCUGACACAAUGAAUUCAAGAAAGGGUGGAGGCAAGACAUUUUCUGCUGCUGCUGCUGCUGCUGCUGCUGCAGGUGGUAAUCCAUCAACAAAUGGGAAGGGUAUUGAAGAGUCUACUUUUGGCAAAGGCAGCCCAAAGGCUGAUCAGUUAAGUGAGGAGAUGGCAGAUAUGAGCAUGGAUACUCAAGAUGGUGGAUGGGAGGUAUAUGCAAAGAAGUCUAGGAGUCGAAGUGGUGCCAGUGCAGGUGCUGCUGCAAAAUCAUCAGGAUCUUCAAAUUCUGCUGCCAAAGCUUGGGGUCGGCCAGAGGGGGUACCAAGACAAGGAUGGGGUACAAAUGGUGGCGCUGGAAGGACUUCUGGAAAUAAUUGGGCUCUGACCACUGACACUCGUAGGCCUGUUGGCAGAGGUAAUUCAAAGCCACAACCAUCAAAUAAGGGUUGGGAGUCGCAAUACAUGGCACCACCUCCAGUUAUACCUCCACCACUGCAACAUGGUUGGCAAUGGGCUGCAAGAGGUGGUUCAUCUGGCUCACAACCCAAGAGAGAAGAAAUUCAUCAGGAGGGAACUGUUCGCAGGUGUAAUUCUGAGACAGAAACUGCACUCCCACAAGUUGAUGAUGGUUCAGAUGAAAAUGAGUUAGUGGAAGAUAGUGAUGAUGAUUUUAGUGAUGACUAUGAUUCUGAUGAGAGUCAAAAGAGCCAUGAGACACGAAAGAAGAAUCGGUGGUUCAAGGGGUUUUUUGAAGAUUUGGAUAAACUGUCAGUCGAAGAAAUUAGUGAACAAACAAGACAGUGGCACUGCCCGGCAUGCCAUAAUGGUCCGGGUGCCAUUGAGUGGUACAAAGGUUUGCAACCUUUGAUGACUCAUGCAAAGACAAAAGGAGCCACCAGGGUUAAGCUUCACAGAGAUUUUGCUGUACUUUUGGAAGAAGAACUUCAACGGAGGGGGACCUCGAUAGUACCUGCUGGCGAAGCAUUUGGCAAGUGGAAGGGUCUUCGGGAGACUACUACUGAUCAUUUGAUAGUUUGGCCUCCAAUGGUUGUUAUUAUGAAUACAUUACUUACGAAAGAUGAGAAUGAUAAGUGGGUUGGCAUGGGAAACCAAGAGCUUCUUGAAUAUUUCAACACUUAUGCUGCAGUAAAAGCACGCCAUUCCUAUGGUCCUCAUGGGCAUCGUGGGAUGAGUGUUCUAAUUUUUGAAGCUACUGCAAUGGGCUACUUGGAGGCAGAACGUCUUCACAGGCAUUUUGCAGAGGAAGGAACUGAUAAGGAGGCUUGGGAACGUCGUCGGGUACUAUUUUAUCCAGGUGGUAAACGCCAGUUGUAUGGUUACUUGGCAAGCAAAGAAGACAUGGAAAUAUUCAACCACCAUUGUCAAGGAAAAUCCCGGCUGAAAUAUGAUAUGAGGUCGUAUCAAGAAAUGGUUGUAAUCCCCAUGAAGAAAAUGAGUGAAGAUAAUCAGCAGUUAAUCUGGCUGAAGAACAAGGUUGUUAAACAGGAGCAGCAGUCAAAGGCUCUUGGAGAGACACUUGGGGUGGUGAGCCAGAAACUGCGUGAGACCAUCGAAGAAAAUAGGAUUGUGAGGCACAGAACCAAGAUCCAACAUGAAGAGAAUAAAGAAGAGAUGGAUUACCAAGAGCGAUUUUUCAAGGAGCAGAUGGACAAAGUUCACAAGGCUAUAGAGGAGAAAGAGAGGAUGUUUGAGAAGUUGUUACAAGGGGAACGUGCUAAGGCAAAACAAUCUGAUGUUGAUUCUGGAAGCUAUGAAGAUCGCAGACUUAGGAAGGAAGAAAUUGCAAGGUUUAUUGAUAGCCAGGUGAAGGAAGUCGAAGAAUUUGAGGAAGAGAGAGAAAAGCUUAUUCGUUCGCAUGAGGAGAAGAAGGUUGGGCUUAGGCGGAAGUAUCUUGCAGAUGAAGUAGAGCUGGAAAAGGACUUUGAUGUUGCCCUCACCAAGUUGAUGGAAAAAUAUACUCCCAGCAGCUUCGAGGCUUCAACCUGCAGCUCUUAGAGAAUGGAUACUUAUUUGAAGGAUGACGACGGAAAACUUUCAGUUUUUUUAACAUUUAAGGUCUGAUCUAAAGAAACCAUACAACCUGUACUGCAUGACGUCUGAAAACUGGAACUUUCAUGUCAGACUUCUUAAAAAUUUUACUGGAAUACGAAUUAACAUAGGUAGAGAUAUUAACUAGCUAUGAUGAAUCUGCUCUUUCUUUUCUGUACUUUGUGCA